AUAAAUGCAAUAGCAAAAGCUAGAAAAAAGACUAUCGACUUCCUUCAAAAGUGAACACACAGGUCAAUGCCGCAAGCGUCAACUAAUUGCAAGGACUGUCCAGAUGCGCGCUUGUGUGUGAAUAUUCCAAAGUUCACGAGGUCCUUCUGCGUCUCAAAGCUGCAUCAUGUAUUCGCACUUGUCAGUACUGCGAAAAUAACUAUAUCUCAGCUGAAAGUCUAGAUCGAUUUAGUGGACGACUUUCUAGGGGGAAUUCACACUGUUAAGUGCUCCACUGUGCUGCCGAAAUUGUAGUUUACCGUUCUGUAUAGAUCGCUGACGUCUCAAGCGCGCAUUUAUCGGAAUUCAUCCGUACCAUUUAUAGAAUUCCAGUUGGAAGCAGCUCACACGUCAUGUGUCUAAUUUUGAGGAUUCUGGACUUAGUGGCAAUUUAGGUUUAAAGGAAUUAAAUGGUGACAUGUUUUACCACUGCUAUGAAUGUUGGAAAAUCAUACUUGGUCUCCAAUUUUAAAACUUGUACGUUGUUCAUUUAAGGUAAAUAUUAAUACUUGUAUCGGAAAAGUGUCCAAAAGAAAAUAGAAUAAUGACUGAUUAAUAGCGUUAAGAGAAUUACGUAAGGAACAUUUAUUUCCGUGUUGUACAAAAAGCCUAUUCAAAAGGCGGACGCAAUGACGUCAAGCACGGCUCAAUCUCCGCUCAACAACGAUUUCCCGACAAUCUUACAACUGAAGGCGGCGAUACCCAGACGCCUGUUCGAGUCAAGAGCGUCAACGUCACUGUAUUACGUUGCCAAGGACUUCGCCGUGAUAGGCGCGUUAAUCGCCGGCGCUCGCCUUCUGGAGUUCGGCCUUCCCGCAUACCUGCAGGCGCUUCUUCUUCCCGUGUACUGGUACGUUCAGGGAACCAUGCUCAUGGCGUUGUUCGUGUUAGGCCACGACUGCGGUCACGGCUCGUUCUCGCGCUACGAAUUGCUCAAUGACUGCAUGGGGACGGUUCUCCAUACGGCCGUCCUGACGCCGUACUACCCAUGGAAGCUUUCGCAUCACAACCACCACAAACACACUGGCAACAUCGACAAAGACGAGGUGUUCUAUCCGAUUAGAACCAAGAACGAAAAUGGAAAGGACUUCCCGUUUCUGUUCGGACUUGGUUUUGGCUGGUUCGCUUAUUUAUGGCGCGGGUACCACCCGCGGAAAGUGUGUCACUUCAACCCACUGGAGGCGAUGUUUGGGAGACAUGUCAGAGGCUGCACCCUUUCCGUUCUGGCGCUGGCGGGCUGGGUGUCCUGUUUGUACUACUGCGCAUGCGUGUACGGCACGUGGGCUCUAGUAAAGUAUUACAUCGUGCCCGAGAUUGUCUUCGCCAGUUGGCUGCUCGUGGUUACAUUCCUUCAUCACAUCGAAGAGGACACGCCCUGGUACUCCGACGAGCACUGGACGUACGUGAAAGGACAGCUGAGCUCGAUUGACCGGAAGUACGGCUGGGCCCAUGACGUCAUACACAACAUAGGCACACACCAGGUCCACCACCUAUUCUCCAAGGUGCCCCACUAUCACCUGGAGGAGGCAACGAAGCAUUUUCGCGCCAAUUUCCCGAACUUGGCGCGCACUUGUGACCGACCUAUACUUUCCUCGUUAGUGCGAAUGUACCAGAAAUUUGCGGUUCAAUAUAGGAUCGGCAACGACAAGAUUAUACAUGUGUAUAAUUGAUAAAUUUCUUACACUAGUUUAGCAUAUACAUGUAUUUCCGGGUUCGUCGAAAACAACUCUUGUUUGUUGUUGCCUAUCUCGUAUUUUACAAGGUUAAUCGAAAACAACAUCUCGUUUCUUGUUGUUAAUCAGUUUUUGUAAAUCAUUGCACGUUCGAAUGUAUAGAUACUAGUACUGCACAUGUUGAAAACAAUAACACCACAAAACGAGUGUUUAUAAUUUUGGCGCAAAUAUGGUGAUUGGUUAAGUAUAAUAACCAUAAAUUCUGUCAAGUUCACCUAACGAUAUAAUUUUGAAUGUUCUGAGCAAGGUUCUUGAUCAUGGGGUCAAAAGUGUAGCUUCUAGAGUUUUAAAUUGUUGUAUAAACCCAAUGAAGGCAAACUGACCCGCCUUAUAGUUAAUAUUGUCCGAUGGACCGGAACCGUGUCUCACUCACUCGGAGAAAUGAUAUUAGAAAAAAAAAUGUUUUGUGCGACUUUUAUGAAAAUUGUCCAAAAUUAUUACAAAUUGUGUUUACAACCGUUUUCUUUAAUAUGGCCGCUUUGUUUUUAUCUCUCUGCGACCCAGUUUCAAACUUGACCUCUAGUGUCCUCAAGCUGUGUUUUUAAUUUAACCACGUGACCUUGUUUGUUUAUCCUACCUGAUCAAAAUACGAACUUGGUCUAGAUAUUAAAUGCACAAACGUUCUAACAAAAAUUAAUACGAUUCUUCAAUAAAUGUGGCAUCUGAUGACUUAGUUUUUGACACCGAGUGACCAAGUUUCCAAUCCUCCCUGUUAUUGUUCAGACAAAUGUUCUGCCAAGUUUCAAAUGAUAAAUGCGCAAUUCCAUGAGAUCAUACUGGGACAUAUUUUCUGACUAAGUAU